AUGACUGCCGUUAACGAGGGCGGUAUCCGCAUUGCUAUAGGUAGGGGGACUUUCUGCGAUGUAAUCGCUCAAGUUCCUCACCGUGAGGACCUCGUCUUUAAGCUGCUGUCUGUCGACCCGCAGAACUACCGCGAUGCGCCUACAGAAGCAAUUCGGCGAGUGUUGCAGGUGACUGAGGGACGACAAAUCCCCUCCGACGAGAAGCUUGAUGCGUCCACAAUUGAAUCAUGUCGUAUUGGGACUACAAUUGCAACCAAUGCCCUGCUAGAGCAGAAAGGGGAGCGUUUCGCCCUUCUCACUACAAAAGGGUUCAAAGACCUAUGUGAGAUUGGCGAUGGCUCUCGCCCCAAGCUUUUCGACUUGAACAUUCGGAAACCGCAGGUUCUCUUUGAGCACGUCGUAGAAAUUGACGAGCGUGUAACAGUCGAGAAUUACGAGUUGAACCCUUUCCCUCAUCCAGCUUUUGAUGACACAGACCCCGCGUUAGUGAAGACAAGUAGCGGAGAGAUUAUUCGUAUAUUGCAACCACUAGAUAUUCACUCGAUCCGGCAACAGUUGCAAGCGCUUCGCAGUGCAGGUCUCACCUCUCUUGCUGUUUGCUUUAUGCACUCACACAUAUUCCCAGAUCAUGAACAAGUUGUUGGGGAUCUAGCUAGGCAAGAGGGUUUCAAUUCUGUCUCGCUUUCUUCGGAAGUCAUCCCCCGUAUAAAGAUGCUGCAACGAGCAACUGCCGUUUGUACUGAUGCAUAUUUGUCGCCCAUUGUUCAUGGCUACGUGAAGAACUUCCUGGAUGGCUUCAGAUCCCCCCCUCAACGGAUUGAGUUUAUGUCUUCUGAUGGAGGAUUGCGUCAAGCUCAAAAGUAUACAGGAAAUGCCGCAUUGAUUAGUGGACCGGCUGGGGGUGUUGUUGGUGUUGCAAGGUCAUGUUAUGAUUUGGACGAUCCGAGGGCGCUGAUUGGGUUUGACAUGGGUGGCACGAGUACAGACGUUUGUCGGUAUGAUGGCAAAUUCGAUCAUAUUAGCGAAUCAACAAUCUCUGAGCGAAGAAUCUUCACCCCGAUGCUCAACGUAAACACCGUUGCUGCGGGAGGAGGGUCCAAAUUGUUCGUGAAUAACGGCUUACUGGUAGUCGGUCCCGAAAGUGCUAGUGCGCAUCCAGGUCCAGCAUGCUAUCGAAAGGGUGGUCCGCUUACCAUCACGGACGCCAAUCUCUUCCUCGGCCGAUUAGUGGUCUCAUCAUUUCCAGCAAUUUUUGGGAAAAACGCAAACGAAACUCUCGACGUGGAUGUUGUCGCAGAGAAAUUUGAGAAAUUGACUGCUGCUGUGAAUGCGGAAUCUGCAGUCACCUUCACACCAGAACAAGUAGCCCUUGGGUUCAUUAAAGUUGCUAAUGAGAGCAUGUGCCGGCCGAUACGUAAUGCAACUGAAGCAAGAGGAUUUGCGACGCAUGAUCACAAUCUCGUUAGUUUUGGCGGAGCUGGAGGACAACACGCUUGCGCGAUUGCAUCGAAUCUUGGAAUCCGCCGGAUUUUGGUUCAUCGUUUCUCCUCACUGCUCUCGGCGUAUGGAAUUAGCCUUGCCGAAAUUACGUCCGAGGCCAGUGAGUCACUAUCGUUGACGCUAGAACGGGAGAAGAUCAUCAAGGAAAAGCUCACACAAGAUCUACGCAGUCAGGAUGUUGUCGGCGACACGAUUGAAUUCGAAGUCUUCCUUAAUCUUCAAUACAAGGGUAUGGAUACAAGCCUUAGCGUUGAAGAGCCUAGCAAUGGAGAUUAUAGCGCCGCCUUCACUGCACUACAUCUACGCGAGUUUGCAUUUACUACGAAUCGUGACCUUGUCGUUGACAGUAUUCGCGUCCGAGCUACUGCAAAGACUGUCGGUGGAAAAGACGGCCAAUCGGUGUCUCGCGAGCUGGAAUACGUGAAAGGUAUCAGAAAUGUAGCAGAAGCAAAGCUACACCAGAAUGUAUUUAUAGAUGGAGAAUGGAGGUUGACUCCUGUGUAUGAUCUCGAAACGUUGAAGAUAGGUACGCACAUAACAGGACCUUCAAUGAUUACGGACAAAACGCAAACGAUUCUCAUCGAACCCAAUUACGAAUGCCAUCUAACCAGUCGGCACUUGAUAAUCGACAAACUUGUGGACGAUGAAAUGACCUCUUCGGAGAUCAACGCAGAGACAAUAAACCCAGUUCAACUUUCCUGCUUUGCAAACCGGUUCAUGUCAAUUGCCGAGCAAAUGGGGAAUACACUGCAAAGAACGUCAAUAAGCACGAGUAUUAAAGAAAGGCUAGACUUUUCGUGUGCGAUAUUCUCCCCAGAUGGUGAUCUAGUGGCCAAUGCCCCUCAUAUCCCCAUUCAUCUGGGUAGCAUGCAAUUUGCCAUUCAAUAUCAGCAUAGGCUUUGGGGCGCGACUCUGAAGCCCGGGGAUGUACUUCUCACCAACCACCCUGAAGCGGGUGGUACACAUUUGCCUGAUUUGACCGUUGUCACGCCUGCAUUUUAUAACAACGAGUUAAUCUUUUACGUCGCUUCUCGAGGUCAUCAUACUGAUAUUGGGGGUAUUGGUAUUACUAGCAUGAUUCCAGAUUCAAAGGAGCUAUGGCAGGAAGGUAUGGCUGUGAAGUCGAUGAAGAUUGUCAGUGAGGGAGCCUUUCUAGAGGACGAAGUUCGGGAACUUUUCAACAAAGUGACAGAAUAUCCCGGCUGCAGCGCAACUCGACGACUAGGCGAUAAUAUAUCGGAUAUCAAGGCCAAAAUAUCAGCGAACCAGCGCGGUAUCCUUCUCAUCAAGCGGCUAUGCGAGGAGUUUACCUUACCCGUCGUGCAUUUGUAUAUGCGCGGAAUCCAAGAAAAUGCAGAGCUUGCUAUUAGAAAGCUCUUCCGUAACUUAUACAAGAACACCGGCGGGAAGCCUCUUCAAGCAGAGGAUUGGUUUGACGAUGGAACAAGGGUGAAGGUCAAAAUCACAAUCGACGGGGAAAAUGGCACGGCCGUGUUUGAUUUUGCCGGCACUGGGGCCCAGACAUAUGGGAAUAUGAACAUGCCAAUAUCUAUCACACACUCGGCUAUUAUUUACGUUCUUCGGUGUAUGGUCGAUAUGGAUAUUCCUCUUAACCAGGGCUGCUUGAAUCCUUGCGAGAUUGUGGUGCCGAAAGGGAGCAUCUUGAAUCCAUCAUCUACAGUGGCAAUCUGCGGCUCAACGAUAUCUAGUCAGCGAGUCACCGACGUACUGUUACAGGCCUUUUCAGCCGCUGCUGGUAGUCAGGGCUGCGCAAAUAGUCUCGGCUGGGGCAUGGGCGGUAAAGAUCCGCUCACUGGGGAAGUCACGCCGGGAUGGAACUAUGGCGAGACGGUGGGUGGAGGAAGCGGUGCAGGGCCAACGUGGCAUGGGACACAUGGCGUAAACGUGCAUUCCACCAAUACUCGAGCCACAGAUCCUGAAGUCAUCGAGAAGCGCACGCCGGUGAUUGUCCGACGUGAUGCAAUUAAUCAUGGAACAGGAGGAAGGGGCCGGUAUAGUGGUGGGAAUGGCAUGACUCGUGAAAUCGAGGCUCGGAUUCCAAUGAAAUUCAGUAUCUUGUCCGAGAGACGAGUAUACAGUCCAUAUGGGCUGGAAGGGGGAGAGCCUGGAAGUGUUGGGGAAAACUUUAUCUUCAAGAAGAACGAGCAAGGGGAGAUGGAGAAAAUCAAUAUUGGUGCUAAAGCUGUUGUCGGGUUGAACGCAGGCGACUACAUCCAGAUAAACUCUCCAGGGGGCGGUGGCUGGGGGAAAUAUGCAAAAGAGACGCUGGAUGAGGUUAGCAGAGGAGUUCGGCCAGUGCCGUCGUCAAGGUGA